AUGGAACCACCCUCUCACCCCCGUUCACCCUCUUGCACACCCUUUCAACCCCCUUCAAUUAGCCCACUGUCCCCCCCGAUCCCGCCCCUCACCCUCUCUUCACCUCCAGACUGUGCGGACAUGUUGGCAGCAGGAGUGGCUCUCACUCCCACCACCGACGCAUAUGCCUCAAAUGCCACCUCCGACGCCCCUCCUUCUACCUCUUCUGACGCAAAUAAGACCUCCUUGGAUUCCGCCUCCCCCAGCGUAGAUAGCACCUCUCCCAACUCCAGCAGCAGCAGCAGCAGCGGGGGCAGCAAGCACUUGCGGUACGAGCGGCGGGCGGGGGAGUGCUGGAGUCGUGCGGAGCUGGCGUGCUAUGCAGGCAGCAGGCGCACACGGGCAGGCCUCUUAUUCCCACAGCACCAGCAGCCGCAACAACAAGGGGGAGAUGAAGGCAACACGGAUAACUAUGUCUUCGAGACAGCCGGGCAGCAGCAGCAGCACGUGGUAUCAGAGCAGCUGCAGGUGAAGCUACGGCAGUACCACACGUACCGUCGCCAGUGCCUCCACCGCGAGCCGCUCGAUCAGCUGCGCUCCACCCUGCUGGCCGGCAAGCCCACCGCGUGCCGCUACCUCAUCUACUACCACUCCUCCGACGGCCAGGGCAACCGCCUUCUCUCCCUCGUUUCUUCCUUUGCCUACGCGCUGCUGACCGAUCGGAUUUUUCUGCUGAGUUCAAAGGGCGGCCCCGCUGCUGUGCUGUGUGAACCGUUUGAGCAUGGCGAGUCGUGGGUGCUGUUUGGGCGGGAAGGGCACUUGGAGGACCACUACGCUCAGGUGCUGGGACUGCAUGUGGCUAGGGAGUGGCGUUCCGUGCGUGAGGGGAGGGAUGAGAGGGCCAAGGGAGGUCGGCGGAGGAGGUUGGUGGAGAGGUUGGAGUCGGUUCAGAGGGAGUGGGAACGGCAGCGGCACGAGCAGUGGGUUGGGGAUCAAGAGGAGGAUCCACCACCGCCACCACCAUCACCACCACCACCACCACCACCACCACCACCACCACCACCACCACCACCACCACCACCACCACCACCACCACCACCACCACCACCACCACCACCACCACCACCACCACCACCACCACCACCACCACCACCACCACCACCACCACCACCACCCCCCCACCUGCACUCCCAUCCCCACCCACUCCAUCGAAAACGCCAGCUGAAGGGGAGGAAGAAAUCCCACCAAUAUGCAGGCGAAGCCACAGGCACGACCAACAGCAGCAGCGGUGGCGCAUCAGGCGCCGACGUGCACAUAGUCCGGCUAACAAUCGACGAGAAGCAGAACAACAGCGACAAUGCGGGGGUAGACCGAGCCAUGGUGGAUAUUUACACGCUCGCGCUCUUCUCCGACGCCCUCGUCAUCUCCGAGGUCUCCACCUUCGGCUACCUCUGCGCCUCGCUCUUCGGCGUGCCCCGCACCACGUUCGUCGGCCCUGCCUGCAAGCGAGCGCCGCCCGAGCCGUGCCUGCACUUCCCGCCAACAAAUGAGCGCUGUCCGGACGGGCAGGCGCAGGUGAUGGAGCAGGUGGUAGCUGCGGACCCGCGUGUGCCACUCAUGCACUGCGUGGAUGUGAAGAGAGGGAUUACAUUGAAGCCUCUGGAAGGGUGGGAGAUGGACUCAUGA